AUGGAAGAAGCGCCGCCUUCGCCGCCCUCGCCGCCCUCGCCGCCAUGCUCUGCACCUACCGCUCCCUUAUCAGUCUCUCAGCUGGUUCGUCUUCAUCGCAGGGAGCGACUCCUCGUGCGCCCAAUCCACUGGACCGACCGCCAUCUUGAGCUGCUCGGAUGCUCAUUUGGUGACCCGUCUCGCGCGCCUCCCAAAACGACGCCCGUUUUGUUUGGGCGGCGAGGCUCCGGCUACCUGCGCUACGCGUUUAAGCAUCGAGAAUGGAGAGUGCAAUUUCGAGAAACUGCUCUUCUCGACGUUCUUGCGACGGCGGGACCAUUCGCGGAUCGGUUCGGCGCCUCCUUCCUUACCUUGCCCUCGUUGCUGCGACUGACCAACGAUAUCGAUAGACAGAACAUUCGCUUCGCCUUCAACCGGCGCCACGUCCAGACUCUCCGAUGCACAAUCUUUCUCCCUAAGAUACAGCAAGAACCAGACCCAUGGCCGCCGCUUCUUCUUACGUAG